ACUGCAACAUGGCCUUGCCCUAUUUGCCCUGUCCUGCUGGUUAUUACUGUCCACAGGGGGCUCAGGCUCCAGUCGAAUGCCCAGUUGGACAUUACUGCCCUCAGGAUAUUGUUGUCGGCCAUGAAGGUUCCAUGCAGGUUAUCGGCGCAAUGAAGCCAGUAAAAUGUCCUCUGGGAUACCGGGAGUAUGAUGGAUCCAGUCGGCACACCUUCAACGGCACAUGUGAGCCUUGCCCAGCAGGUUAUUAUGGGAACCACAGCGAACGCCAGGUGUGCCUAGAGUGCCGAGCGGGUGUGGUCUGCCUUCAAGGAGCCACCACCACUGAUCCAACGUCAAACGUGACAGAGCACGGGAUGAUGGCGGUCAGAUCUUACAUCUGUCCAAAAGGUCACUACUGCCCUGACGGGAGUGCUGUGCCAAUUCCUUGUCCCAUGGGUACUUACAAUCCCAGUGAACGAGCGGGCAACGUGGGGAGCUGCCUGAGGUGCCCCACCAACCGCUUCAACCAUUUAACAGGGCAAGCUGCCUGCUUCAUCUGUGGUUCAGAGGCUCUGCAGCCUGAAGAAGGGCGCGACCAUUGUGUUUGCAUUCAGCCUGGACAGAUAUUCCAGCCCAGUGACUCACAAUGUGCCUGUGCUGUGAGACAUCAGAUGGUAUCUGAAGAAACAAGAGAAUGCAUCAGGAAGCAGUAUGACAUUUGCAGUGAAGGAGCCAGCAGGAAUCAGGAUGGAGCUUGUCUGAUGAUCAAAGAGUGGGAGGAAUAUUGUUCACUGAAGGUUUGUGCAUCCCCUGCAGACUACCAGGGCUUUGACAGAUAUUUGGGGCUUUGUCUCUGCCGGGUUGUUGCCUUGGACUCUGUGUGUGACCGGCAGUGCAGACUGCUCCAGUGCAACAGGCUGCAGAUACUCUGCGAAGGAGGACCAGGGCUUCUCAUCACGUACAGAAGUGGUUUGCAGGUUGAGGUGCCUUUGAACCACAUUGGAAGGGUCCUGAACAGUGGAAAUGCCUUGGAGAAGAUCCAGUGCCCUCCACAUCAUAACUUCAUCCGGGCAGUGUACCUCGUGGAGAUGUCUGAGAAAGGAUUUCUGGGUGUAUAUGACCCAGAUCCCAGCAAGUUAAAAAGCUUGCUAGAAAUCAACUUUGCUCAGCAUCCAUCAUUGAAUAUCUCUCCAGAAAAUGCAAGCAAGCACGAGACAUCGCCCAAACCCACGGAUCCUGCCACGCAAGGGACACGUGUUCACCCAUCUUGCGCAAACUGCACGUUAUUCUCUGGCAUCUUCAAUCCUGUCACCUGCAUCCACACUGGAAGCAUCAUCCUGUUCACAGUGUCCUGCAAACAUUACCCUGUGUAUGACAGUGCAAAUCUGUACAACACUGACAGCGCCUUUGACUGGGGUGCGUUCCGUGAACUGGUUGAGAAGUUGGAACUCGCAUCGAGCUCAUCCUGGCUCUUUAUUUAUCGUUUCAACCAGCCUGGUGUUCACGUUCUCCAACUGAGCAGCAACCACCACAAGAAGAUGUACGUUCGUGUGAUGCCGGUCGGGGGUCAGUGCUAUGAGGAAGGCCCCUUCUUCCCCACCACCAGCAGAAACUUUAUCCGCAUGGGUAUUCGCAGGACCCAAGACCUGGAGUUCAAGCCCGAUUGGCAUCUUAUUUCCAGCUUACUGGUGGCAUCAGCAGCAACACUCGGUAUCGGCACAGGAUUGAUGCUUUUCUUCAAGAAGUGCAGUUGGCCCAAGAAGGCAGUAGUUGCUCCAAGGUACCAGUACCUCCAGAAGACGUAUAACUUUGACGAUUACUCCUCGAAAGACGCUGCCAUCAUUGCUGUGAAGAAAGUUCACCGCAGUCUGCAGUUUGGAGAACAAACUGAGGAAAGAGCUGAAGAUGGGGACAGGAAGGAAGAUUCUACCUCAAAAGACCAUGAGGAUUAUGAUCAACAAAUUGAUCUGGAAUUCUUUAACACCAACACCUUCUAUCAAAUUCUAUUGAAACAAUCGUUGGCAGUGUCAGUCCGAUUAAGUCAACACAAGAAGGAGGUGAAGUUGUUCUAUCAGAAGGUAACUCAAGUGACUGAGUCCCUCAGAGUCCUCUGGAUGAAGGAAAUGAAUCUUGCUGGAAGGCGUUUAAUCAGCAGGGCAGGCAUGGAAAUGUACGAGAAGAUGUGCAGCAAGGUAAGGCAGGAGAUUAAGAGGCGGCAGGAUGUUGGGCUGGAGUUUGAGGAGACUCUGGCCAAGCAGCAGCAACUCCUCCAAGCUGACUGGCGUAGUCGAGAGGAGCAUCACAUCAACUUCAACGUGGCCCUGAGAGAAGUGGUCCGAAUAUUGGAGGAACAUGUGGAUCAUGAGGGAAAAUCAACUAUGCCGAACAGUGCAAUCUCUCAGUGGGUUCCUGAACAAGUUGAAGCUUUGUUGUUACAAAUGUCGGAUGCCGUCACAAACGAGUGUCAACGCUUGUGUGUCUGGUCUGUGCUGGGGAAAGGGACGGGAGCCCAGCUUGUGAACAAGGAGACUUUGCAAGUUCUGUCCAAAGAGGAAUUAAUCGGAGCUGAUGGAACCAUUAGACAUCGCAGUCUCCUGCAAGUGGAUGGGCUGACGGGAUUGCUCACUCCGUGUCGGGAUGCUGUCUUGCUCUUGGCCAAUAAGUACACCAUGCCUGUGUCCAGCAGCAUCUUCCUCCACCCUCAGACUGGACGUGUGCUCCCCAUGGCUGGCAAUGUGUGUUACGACUCCGUCAGGUCCUGCCUUCGUCCGGUCACAGACCCAGCGGCAGGUGCUGUUUGCCUGAGUGAGAAGGAUUUGAUUCCAUACGUACCAUACUCGCUGUGUCCAGACACCAAGCUCCCAUUGGGAAGUCCAUCAAUGCAGGGUGAUGUCAAGCUGGGAGGACCGAUGGCAGAUGCAUACUCGGGAAUUGAAGUGCCCAUCUUGGCCGUGACUAUUCACCCCCAGACCGGCUUGGUUUAUCCACUGGGAGGAUCCUAUAUCAGCCCAAUUACAGGAAUGUCGGCGCCAAUUGAAGUUGGAGCCCCAAUGGUGUGCGAGAAGACUGGCCGGGUGGUCCCGAUCAUAGGGGUCAGUCUGAACACUGCCACAGGUGCAGUGAUACCACUAGGAGGUGUGCUGAAGUCUUCCAAUACGCCCGUGAUCCUUGGGGACAGCUUCACGGAGCCUCUCAGUGGAAGGUCUGCCCGCAUUUCAGGUGCUUGCAUUCACGAAGGCCAAGUGGUGGCACAUGCAGGUGGCUACCAGCCGUUGAUCGAUGGUGCCAUGCUGGCCAGUGAGGUCCACGUCCUGGAAGCAUUGGAGGGCUACAAAGACGCCGUGACCGCACAGAGCUCAGAAGCAUCCUCCUCCCUUCAGCAGAAACAGCGAGCCACGCUGAAGGAUGCACUGGAUGGCUUUGCGAUGGCACGCAGAAGAUCCUGGGCACACGUUAUCCACACCGCACACAACCUGGAGAGACAGAGGAAGGAAGCAAAGGAUCUGGCAAACACAGGUGGUGACAUUGGGAUGAUCCCAUUUGCCGGCACAGGUUUACUGAUCCCUGCCGUUGUAGGGAUGCAGAUUCCUGACCCUGGAGGCUCUGGCCUGCAAGUGCCAAUUUUAGGGGUGGAAUCCAAUCCAGCUACUGGCCGACUCAUCCCCCUUGCUGGGACCAUGGAGGAUCCUGAUGGAAAAGGACUGAUACCGAUUGCUCUUGGUGCCAGAAGCUUUGACCCCAUCACCGGUGAAACUGGCCCAGUUGUUGGAGCCCGCAUAGAUCCACAGACAGGAAUCGUGGUGCCUGUCCUACAGUCAUCAGGAGGUUGCAUGAAACGAAGGCUGAAUGGGGAAAUGCUCAAUGCCCUGGAGGAAGAACUCCAGUGUAGACGUGAACAUUGGCAGCAUCAGCAACAGAAGGAAGAAACUCUAUUCAAUGCUUUAAAAGUUUUACUGCGGAAGGUCUCUGACACCGAACCCGACUGCAGAUUCGACCAGGUUGAGGAUGAGGUGAGAGCUCUUGGUGAAGUAAUCACCCUUUUACACGUCUGUGCCCAGAAUGAAGCACAACGCAGGGACAUAGACGGAUCACAUUUGUCAUCCCUGAUGCCAGCUGAUGCGAUUGUUUUGGUGUCACAAGUGGACAAGGAGGAGGUGGAGCAGCAGAUGUUAUUCGUAGCCACAGCUCGGGCGAUAGUUGAAAAGGUGGCACAGUUUGCUGAAAAGAUGAGUCAAGACGAGGCUCGAAAGAGAGGUCAACUGCAGCAGGCACAGGACGCUGCCUUCCAGCAGGCAGAAGAAGCCUCACCACUGAAGUACCUUCAGUUGAAAACCUUGCUAAUUCAAGAGUUUCAGGAAAACAUAAUAAUCCACUGGACUGGCCUUGACAUGGUGUACAUCAGACUGGGACAUCUGCGAGAUCUGGCAGAACUAUAUGUCGUGGAAGCCAAGGGUCUUCUGUCUGGAGAUGUCUAUCAUUUUGGUGAUUACCAGUUAACCAGGAGCCAGCACACCAACCUCUUUCAUGGCUCACCAGAUUCAACCAUCAGGACCAUGCUCCCUCUUAUUAAGCAACUAAUAAACCUUUUGAAGACUGACAGAAACAUUAUUCAUUCUCCAGCCACUCUUCCUUCUGUAUCAAACAAAGGUCCUGUUGUCGGUGGUAGCUCACAAGCUGGGCUGCUACCAUAUCCAGAGCUUCCCGAAGUUCCUGUGAGAUUCCUCGCUGCGGCUCCUGAAACACCGGCCUCUGGAUCAUCUCCGAUACAUGAUGACGUGCUUGCAGAGAGGCAAGCGCUAAUCAGAUUUCACAUUGAGAAGCAUGCAUCCGAGGCAGUCCAGUUGGAGAUCACCUUGAUAUCAGAUGAAGUGAAGAAAAUUUGCCAGGUGCUAGAAGAGUUGCAGGAGGAAGAGGAUAGCGGAAAAUCAGACCGGAUGCAGAAACUGCUGAUGGAUUUGAUGGAACAACGUCGAAAAUCAGUGCAGGCAUUGCAUGACCAACAUGCUGUGGAUCUAAUGGAAGUUGGGCUUGACCCUAAACUGGCGAUGCCCAAAAACAUCCUAGAAAUGGAGAAAGACAUAAUUAGCGGAUUGAAGCUGUUGAUCACUGAUUUCCAAAAAUUCUAUGGAAAGAUUGAGCACAAACAGGUUUCCCUACCAUUGGAGACAAGCGAGAGCUGUGUGCAAAACCCUGUUGCACAUUUGGUUGACAAGGAGGCCUGCUUCACGUAUCACUCACUCCCACCUCUGCAAAGUUGCGAAUUGUCACUGGAAGCCUCAAUGUUAGUGACGCAGGAUAUCAGGAAACUCAUCAGAGUAUAUACAAAAAUAGAUAUCUACAGUAGGUUACAGAUGCAGAAUUUAGAUGAAGCUGUUGGCAAACCUCUCAGCAAACAAGACUGUCCCUCGGGUGAACGGACAGCAUCUACAGUUGGGAGGUAUCUGCAGGAGGAACAUGUAAGAAGACUCUCAAAUCUCCUCAGGCUGCAGAGGGAAGAGAGAAACCAACAGAUAAUGCCAGUGGGAAAUCCACAUGAAGAAAAUGAAGAUGUGUCUAUGACGCAGACAUUAAGUCGAGAGGAUUCAGCAGCGCAGUCAAACAAACACAACGCGGACCUGCAGAGAGAGCUUGCCCUACAGUACAAGGAGCGUCAGGACCUUGUAGAGGAACAGUUGCGAUUGCAGGAGGAACAGGCGAUCAGGCAAGCAAGGACAGGAGAUGGGAAAGGUGACAUUGGAACUGUGGUUUGCCUUAUCCAAUUGUUACGUCACCUGCGGCAGUACAUUCUCCUGGAUCAGAGUCUAAAAAGGCAGCAGCAGGAAUGCAGGGAAGCAUCGCACUGUUGUGUGGAGCAAUGGUUGGCAGAGGAUGAUGACGCUGACAUGAAACCCUUGCGCAACCAAGCAGAAGGCCAACAUCUAGCUUUGAUGGACCUGAAAUCUGUCAUUGCCUUACUGGAACUAAGAGAGAAAAAGCUUCAGGAAUUUGCUGAUAGCUUAAAAUCAUUCACCUCUGACAAGUGUGUUGAAGAAGCUGAACACAUGGUGACUGAACUGAAGGAAUUCCGACAGGCAAGGAUGAAGGAACUACAGGAGCAACUGCAAAAUAUUAAUGAGAAGAGAUGUCGGGAGCAAAAAAUAAGAGAAAUGGCUGUCAAAGAAGAGAUUGAGGAACUUGAAGCCAGUCUAGCAAAGGAAGACAAGAUAGCUGAAGAGAUCAUCGCACACGAACUUCUGAAGAAGAAGCAACGGCAGAACCUGAGGAUGAUGGAGGAAGAAACCAAAUUUCAAGACCAACUGGAACGAGGGGAACUGAUGCUUCAACUCAGAGAGAAACUUAUUAAAGAGCAUAGUGAAAGGCUGCAGCUCCAGGAGAAGGGUCUUCAGCAGGAGAUUGCACAGAUUGAGAAGGAUCUGGAGGUGAGGAGAAAGGGGAAAAGAGCCGACAGCCAACGAAGAAUUGCAGAACAGAAAGUAGCGGAAGAGCAGAAGGAAGAGGCUAGACAUUCGCAACAAGUCGAACAGGUUCUAAACGAAGCCACCAAAACCUUUGAACAAAUGGCAGGUUUUGUUGCAUUGAAUGUUCCAGUGCUCCUUCAAAGACCCAGAGCUACCUUGGUGAAAGACUCUAUCAAGAUGGUUCUGCAGUCCCCACUCUUCAAACUCCUUUCGGAAAUCAAUGAACACCUGAAAGCAAAUCCAGAGGCCAGGGUGGCUCCACAAGAUAAAGAUGAUCAACGGGAAACUGAUGAAGCCAAAGUCAACUAUCAAGGAAUAGACAUUGUGGAUGCAGGGUGCACAUGUGAAGGAAACCUGAUGCCACUGGGCAUUGAGAAGCUUUCUGGGAGUGAGCUAGAUGUCUAUCGUUUUGGGAUCUUCAUAGCACAGCUUGUGAAGAGAAUAAUCAAUGCCCCAGACAUAAACCUACUUCUUGCCUCCAGUUUGCCCAUGAACAAUUAUACACACAAUACAUUCCGGAAUUCAUUUUAUUAUCAGCAUUCUCGGAAAGAGCUGUUUAUUCGACGCCAACAACUGACAUCGGUGGGUGACUUCUCCCUCCUCCUGGUUCACUGUUUGGCUCACAUUGCUGCGGGUGAGCUGAGGGAUGAUUCCAAUCCUCUCUACCUCAAGUUUUUCCACCAGGCACUGAGAGGCAUCUUCAAGGAAACAUUCUUUCUGCGACUCUGUGUUUCGCCUGCUUUACGUACACAUGUUGACCUACUCCAAAAUGAAGACUGCCCAGAAGUUCAUUUAGAAGCAAUUCCUGAUUUACUGAAUGUCAAACUGAGAGACACAGAAUCUCUGACUGUUGCUGGAGAGCAGGAAAGAGAAACCAGAGACGACAACAGAGUUUCAACCCAACCAAACCAGCAAGGUGAAAAGACGAAUGAAGGACAACAUAAAAUAGAGAAAAACAAUGAGUGAAUGUACAACUGCACUCACCGACAGCUGGGUCUUAUUGCUAUAAAGACAUGAAUGUUCAGUGAAUAACCCGCAGAUUUUGCCAAAUGAUUAAAAUUAAAAUUCCAAGGUGGCACGAUGGGGCAGCGGUAGAGCUGCUGCCUUCCAAGAGCAUCUUAACCAUGAGUUGUAAUCCGUUCAUUCCUUCUACUAUUCCCUUCUCUGGAGCCUUAUUUUAAGAAUUGAUUCAUAUUAAUAGACUACUGUAUACUAAUCAUUGGUCUGGAGCAGAGGUUCAGUAACUCCAGUCUGCCCAGCCCCAUCCCACAACACCACAGUUUACCACUUACGCAUUGAAUGAAAACUUUUUUAAAAUAUAAUUGUCCACCCCCAGUUUGAAAAUUUAAGGUUCAAAGAAUUUGUCCUUCUGGAGGCAACUGCCGGGUUUAAACAGUAUAAUUAAUUAUAGUAACUCUUGGAUAGAAAAUUGCAGCCAUUACCUCCCAAUUAUGUAUUCCCAUUCCUUAAAUACAAAAUAAACAAACGUAAGGCUAUGUUUUGGUCAUUGGAAGCUUAUUUGUGAUGAGCAACUGUAAGAUCAGGCAUUUUCCACAUUACAGCAGGUUAAGUAAUGGAAAUGCACUCUUCUGGAAUUCACAAAACACCACCAAGAAAGC